AUGGAGACUUUAUUGGUCUAUUUGCUUGUCAUUUUCAUGGCAGUGAAAGCCCAGAAGGUUCAAAUCUGUCCAAAACGAUGCCUUUGCCAGGUUUUAAACCCCAAUCUUGCAACCUUGUGUGACAAGAAGGGGCUUCUUUUUGUUCCUCCAAAUAUUGACAAACAUACUGUUGAGCUUCGACUGGGUGACAACUUCAUCACCAGUGUAAAACGGAAAGACUUUGCCAACAUGACUAAACUGGUGGACCUAACACUGUCCAGGAACACGAUAAGCACCAUCUCACCACACGCCUUCAAUGACCUGGAGAACUUGCGUGCCCUUCACUUAGACAGCAACCGUCUUAUACGCAUCACCAACGACACCUUCAGUGGCAUGUCCAAGCUGCACCACCUUAUACUCAACAACAACCAGCUCACCUAUAUCCAUUCUGGAGCUUUCAAUGACCUGCUGGCUCUGGAGGAGUUGGACCUGUCCUACAAUAAUCUGGAGAGUGCCCCCUGGGUGGCCAUUCAACGUAUGACCAGCCUACAUACCUUGAGUCUGGACCAUAACAUGAUUGAUUACAUACCUGAAGGCACAUUUUCUGGGCUGCAAAGGCUCAAGAGACUAGAUGUCACCUCUAACAAGCUGCAGAAACUUCCACCGGAUCCAGUCUUCCAGCGAGCAGGGGUCUUAGCUACAUCAGGGGUUCUGGGCCCAUCGUUGUUUGCACUGAGUUUUGGUGGGAACCCAUUGCGCUGUAAUUGUGAGCUGCUUUGGUUGAGGAGACUGAGACGUGAAGACGAUCUGGAGACCUGUGCAGCACCGCAACACCUUGCCGGACGCUAUUUCUGGACAGUGUCUGAGGAGGAGUUCUUAUGUGAACCGCCACUCAUAACACGUCAUUCCCAGGAGACACGAGCACUGGAGGGGCAGCAUGUGACUCUUCGAUGUAAAGCCCGGGGUGACCCAGACCCUGUCAUUCAUUGGAUUGCCCCUGAUGGCAGGUUGGUGUCCAACUCUUCCCGCACAGUGGUGAACAGUGACGGCACUCUGGAUAUCCUUAUCAGCACAGUGAAGGAUUCUGGCUCUUUCACCUGUGUGGCCUCCAAUCCAUCUGGAGAGGCCCAGCAAACUGUCACACUGCUCAUCACAAAACUGCCACAUUUCACCAACGACACUAGCUUAGCCGGAGAGCCAGACCCUGGGUCUUCAGACAUUGCCACAUCAACCCGGACGGGUAGUGAUAGUGGUGUCUCCAUGGGUAAUGCCAAAAGUGGGCAGGAAAAGCGAGUUUUGGUUGCUGAAAUAACAUCUUCCACAGCUCUCAUCAAGUUCAACUUCCAGUGGAAUAUUCCAGGAAUUCGCAUGUUCCAGAUUCAAUACAAUGGCACUUAUGAUGACUCUUUGGUUUACAGAAUGAUACCUCCCACCAGUAAAAAGAUACUGGUUAAUAACCUGGCGGCAGGCACACUCUAUGACCUCUGCGUCCUGGCCAUCUAUGAUGAUGUGGUGACCACUUUGACAGCCACACGAGUAGUGGGCUGUGUUCAUUUCACCACCGAGCCCCAGUACCUCCGCUGCCACUUCAUGAAGUCUCAGUUCUUGGGUGGUACCAUUGUUGUUAUCAUUGGUGGCAUCAUUGUGGCAUCGGUCCUGGCGUUCAUCAUCUUCCUUAUUGUACGCUACCGAGUAUGCAGCCAGGAUGGAGGGGAUAAGGGAGUGGAGCUGGGAGAAAUCCACUCUCAGUCAAGAAGUGAACAGCUACAAGGUUGCGGUCUCAUAAAGUCCAUGUCUAAGCAGCUUCUUGGCCCAGAACGGGACUUCUGUCGAAAAAUCUCACCCGAAAUGGAAUCCACGCCAGCACCAGCGCCUGCACCUGCACCCGUGCCCGCGCCUGCGCCUGUGCCGGUCCCUGCCCCUCGUUCAGCCAAAGCUGCUCUCCCUGAAUGUACAGUCACUACCUCUGCUGCCAAUCACAGCUGGCACCCAGCCUCCCCGAGCCCCCUGCGCCCCGCUCACAUAGCUGGCGUCCUCGCGGCAGACAAACAGAGUGGUGUGGAGUUAGACAACACCAACAAGAACAACUCUGCCAGGCCUCGGCCCAAAGCCAACGUACGAGCUCUCUCCACUGUGGUCACCCCAAUGCCCAGGAGAGCACAGCUACAGUCCAUGCACAACUACAUGACUGUUCCGGUUGGGGGGGUGAGUCGCAGGCACUCUCUGAAUGUAGACUCAUGCCAGCAGCGUAGCUACGGGAGUUACCAGCCUACCCCAAGUAGCUUGCGCUCAAAACGGAGUCUCUCCAUGAGUGGGGAUCUGCCGCAGCUGCACUGUUCAGAAAGGCUGCGCGGGAAAGACACUAUUUCCAGGUCAGAGUGGGUUCUUGAGAGCACUCUCUGA